AUGCCAACUCAGGCUGGACAUUGCAAAGACAUUGCAAAGACACGCUUGAGCCGAUGGGGCGAGGCGGUCAAGAUCAACGAUGACCCGCGUUUCCGCUCCAGCGCGCCGACCGACAAGUCGGUCCAAUUGGCGCAGUCGAUCAUCGAGGAAAUCGUGCUCCUCUUCGAGUCCGCCCGGAAAACGUCGAAGCGAUACGAGCUCGUUGCAGACCAGCGGCUGAAAGACCUCGCUUGUCCGAGACAGAAAGAUACGAGCCUGGUGAAGAAAACAGCAUGGGCACUCUACGACGGGAAGAGCCUGGAGAAUUUCGUCGACCAAAUCGCCGGCUUUGUUGACGAGCUGGAGAAAGCCUUCCCGGUCGAGGCCGUUUGUCACAAGCUGGCCGGGAUCGAGAUCGAAGAGGUGGAGGACGAAGCAAGUUUGACAAUGCUCAAGGAUGCCGCGGGAGGGAUCGACGAGGAUCUGUCAGGUGCGGCUGCACAGAAGAUCGACGCAAUCGCGGGAAGGAACUUCGCCAAGGAU